GCACUAGGAGGAGGGCAGCAGGCAGGGAAACGCCAUCCAACUCCCCCCAACAGCAGCAAAGUCCCCUUCCCCUUCGUCGGCACGCGACGCACGGCGGUGAACAACGACCAGCGGCCAUGCUCGGCCUUCGAGCCCGCGCAGCGGCGCAGCUCCCGCGCCCUUCCUCGCCCCCCUCCUCCGCUCCCGCGACCUCGCUCGCGAGGUUCGCGCGCCUCUCCCCGCUCGCCGCCCUCGCGCCUCUGGCGUCUGCCCCGCCGCCACCGGCUAAGGCGAGGGCUCCGCCGCCGGCCUCCCUCUCCGCCAGGUGGAACGCGCCCACGCGUCUCGGGGGAACCGGCAGCAGCUCCAGGCCGACCACGCGGGUUUUCUGCACCGCUGCCAGUAGCGCUCAGAGAGAGGGGAAAGAGUUGCUAGUCCAGCAUUUGCUUGUUGGUGAGAAGGAUGUCAGGCUUCUCGUCGAUCUUGAAAAGAGCAUCAUUGCAGGAGGGGCAGACCUGAGUGAUUUAGCUGUGGAGCACUCCUUAUGCCCAUCGAAAGAAAAUGGUGGAAUGCUUGGGUGGGUUCGAAAGGGACAGAUGGUUCCAGAAUUCGAGGAGGCAGCAUUUAGUGCUCCUUUGAAUAAAGUUGUACGGUGUAAGACAAAAUUUGGAUGGCAUUUGUUGCAAGUUCUUGCUGAGAGGGAUCAAUGCAUUCUGCAAGACAUUGACCCGGAAGAGCUUCACACGAAAAUGCAAGAUCCUAGUUUUCUCGAAGAAGCUCAAUUGAUUGAUGUUCGGGAGCCUGAUGAAGUGGCUAAAGCUUCACUUCCAGGCUUCAAAGUUCUACCGCUCCGCCAAUUUGGGACCUGGGGACCAGUUAUGACUGAUGAGUUUAAUCCUCAGAAGGACACUUAUGUGCUGUGCCACCAUGGCAUGCGCUCCAUGCAGGUGGCUAAAUGGCUGCAGUCGCAGGGUUUCAAAAAAGUUUACAACGUCGCUGGUGGGAUUCAUGCCUAUGCGGUUAAAGCCGACUCCUCUGUCCCAACUUACUAGUGGAUCCUGAUUGAGAUCGUGUAACAUGUCCCCCAGGAGAUUUUUCGUACCAAAGCAAAAAGUGCAUCGUUCUAGGAUUUUGGCUAUGUUUUUGACUUGUGACCAAUGCCAGAAUCCAGAGCUCAAUUUUUUUUUCCUCCUGGCACUGUGUCUUAGAAGUUUAGAGCCCCUAUGGAUGAAAUGUAUACGGCAAUUCUUUUUAAAAAAAUAAAAAAAAGAGAAAUACAUGGGAAA